AUGAGGCUCCUGACACCCUUUUCGUUACUAUCUCUCGCUGUCCCUUCGCUGGGCAUACCCGCAGCCAGUCACACUUCACGCAAUGAAGUGACUCAACCUGAACAUCCGCCGAUCAAAAUCAGACCCCAACGAACGCUAUCCCGAGAUCUUGUGAACUUGGAUGGCCUCUGGAAAUUCGCCCUCGCCUCCGGCCCCAAUGAUACGGCCCAGCCGUGGACUGCACCCUUGCCUAAAGGUCUCGAGUGCCCUGUCCCGGCCUCUUAUAACGAUAUCUUCGUCAAUCGGGAGAUCCAUGACCAUGUGGGAUGGGUGUACUAUCAACGUGAGGUCAUUGUACCCAAAGGCUGGUCUCAGGAACGAUAUCUCGUUCGAGCCGAGUCUGCCACGCACCAUGGUCGUGUGUAUGUGAAUGACCACCUUGUUGCUGAACAUGUUGGUGGCUAUACACCUUUCGAAGCUGAUAUCACUGAGCUCGUGGCGGCUGGAGAGAAAUUCCGCUUGACAAUUGGUGUCAACAACGAGCUCACUCGUGAAACAAUUCCGCCGGGAGAAAUCACAGUUGGAGAGGGAACUGGCCGGAGGAUUCAGACAUAUCACCAUGACUUUUACAACUACGCUGGUUUGGCCCGGUCGAUUUGGCUUUAUUCGGUGCCCCAGGAACAUAUCCAGGAUAUCACUGUGGUAACGGAUGUUGAUGGUGAUAAUGGUCUGAUCAACUACAAGGUUGAGUUGGCGAAUCAGACUACGGGCCAAGUUCAGAUCUCCGUCAUGGAUGAGGAUGGGGCCCUUGUUGCGAAUUCCUCCGGAGCUCAGGGAACUGUCACGAUUCCGUCAGUCAAGCUUUGGCAACCCGGUGCCGCGUAUCUCUACCAAUUCAAGGUCGACAUCGUGGGGUCUGACAAUAAUAUAAUCGACACCUACGAUUUGGCCACUGGAAUCCGCACCAUCAAAGUCGAAGGGUCGAAAUUCUUGAUUAAUGGCAAACCUUUCUAUUUCAGAGGAUUUGGCAGACAUGAAGACUCUUCAAUCCGUGGAAAAGGACACGAUCAAGCAUACAUGGUUCACGACUUCCAACUCAUGAACUGGAUUGGAGCAAACUCUUUCCGGACCUCACACUACCCUUACGCGGAAGAGGUGAUGGACUUUGCAGAUAGAAAUGGGAUUGUUGUGAUUGACGAAACACCUGCUGUGGGACUGAACCUCGGCUUACUGGGUUCAUCUGGCGAUAGCACCACCUUCUCGCCGAAAGGAAUCAACAAUAAAACCCGAGAGUCACACAAGCAGGCAAUUCGUGAGCUCAUUGCCCGCGACAAGAAUCAUCCUAGUGUUGUCAUGUGGUCCAUCGCCAAUGAGCCUGCCUCUUCAGAGGAUGGAGCCCGCGAAUACUUCAAGCCGCUGGCCAAUUUGACUCGUCAGCUUGAUCCUACUCGGCCUAUCACCUUUGCUAAUGUCGGUGGUGCAACUUUUGAACUAGAUCAGAUUGCAGAUCUGUUCGAUGUUACCUGCAUCAACCGCUAUUUCGGGUGGUACUCUGAGACAGGAGACCUCGCGGAAGCUGAGGUCGCUCUUGAGAAAGAGCUUCGUGGGUGGCAAGAGAAGUUUGAUAGGCCAAUCAUCAUGACUGAAUAUGGAGCUGAUACCCUUGCCGGUCUUCACUCUGUUCUUGCACUGCCUUGGAGUGAAGAGUUCCAGGUUCAAAUGUUGGACAUGUACCAUCGGGUUUUCGAUCGUAUUGAGGGGAUGGCAGGCGAGCAUGUUUGGAAUUUUGCGGAUUUCCAGACUAGUUUGGGUAUCUUCCGAGUCGAUGGUAACAAGAAGGGUGUUUUCACUCGUGAUCGCAAGCCAAAGGCAGUAGCUCAUGAUUUGAGGACCAGAUGGACUAAUAUGGACAAGAAGGAGUGA